AUGCCUGUUCCUUCAGUCUGUGCAGAAGAGCUUGGAGGAAGAGCAGCCAGCCCCCAGCUCUUCAGAGGCCUCCCGAUUGGAAGCACCGAGACGGACGCUGGUCUGGCCCAGGCCCUGCUCCCUACCUUGUGCUCCCGACCAGGAGGUCGGGCUGGGCGUGGGAAGGCCAGUGAGACGCUUGGCAGCGGCUGCAGAACAAGAAUUGGCUCUGGUGGAGACCGCCCCCCACCCCACUCGGGCACUGCAGGAGCUGGGGGCAAGCCUGGCGUGAGGGGGUCAGCCGGCCGGGCAGAGCCCGACCCCCCAAGCACCCCCUCCACCUGUGUCCACUUCUGCACUGGCCGCUCCCAGACAGCAAGAGAGUGGGGGCUGGGAGAGCUAGAUGGGAGAUUCUGGAAGGGAGGACUGGGCGGUCCUCCUGCAGAACUAUCCAGGACCCGAGGACCCCUGACCGGAUCAUUCUUCUCCCUCCGCGCCCAGAGCCAGGCAUGCAGGCAGCACGUGCACGUGGAGCCCACGCACACUGACCACGCUCUUCUCCUCUCGUUCCCUCCAGGGAUCUAUAAAGGCCACUGCUUCCGGAUCAAUCACUUCCCAGAGGACAACGAUUAUGACCACGACAGCUCGGAGUAUCUCCUCCGCAUCGUGCGUGCCUCCAGUGUCUUCCCCAUUCUCAGCACCAUCCUGCUCCUGCUCGGCGGGCUCUGCAUCGGCGCUGGGAGGUUCUACAGCCGCAAGAACAACAUCGUGCUCAGUGCCGGCAUCCUCUUUGUGGCUGCAGGCCUCAGUAACAUCAUUGGCAUCAUCGUCUACAUUUCCAGCAACACAGGCGACCCCAGCGACAAACGCGACGAAGACAAAAAAAACCAUUACAACUACGGCUGGUCUUUUUACUUCGGAGCCCUGUCUUUCAUUGUGGCCGAGACCGUGGGCGUCUUGGCUGUAAACAUUUACAUUGAGAAAAACAAAGAGCUGAGAUUUAAGACCAAACGGGAGUUCCUCAAGGCUCCCUCCUCGUCUCCCUACGCCAGGAUGCCGAGCUACAGGUACCGGCGACGGCGCUCGCGGUCCAGCUCCAGGUCCACCGAGGCCUCUCCCUCCAGGGACGCGUCUCCGGUAGGGCUGAAGAUCGCCGGGGCCAUCCCCAUGGGCGAGCUGUCCAUGUACACGCUGUCCAGGGAGCCCCUCAAAGUGACCACGGCCGCCAGCUACAGCCCCGACCAGGAGGCCGGCUUCCUACAGGUGCACGACUUCUUCCAGCAGGACCUGAAGGAAGGCGUGCACAUCAGCAUGCUGAACCGGCGGACCACCCCGGUGUGAGCCGCCCUGUCCUCUCUGCGCCGGCCUCUCCCCGGAUUGGCUGUUUGUAUCCUGCAGGGGGGGCCGACCCUUAAGACGGACGGACUGAAGCCAAACCCCACCCUCCCCAGUCUCCAGAAUGCAUCGCGGGCUGGCUUGGAGCGAAGCCCCCCCCUCCCCGGAGACGGGAAUUGGAAGCGAGAAGGCUAACUUUAUCCCCCAAAAGGGUGUUGGGAUGCCCCACGGUUCUGAAAUCUCCCAGGAGGCCCCAGAGCUCUCCUGAGGCUGUGCAGCCUUGAGCAACCUGGUAAAGCAAAAUCGAGCCAUUAUUUCCUCUUGGAAGCAAAUCUUGCCGGAAGAACAGACUUUCCGGGUUUUCCCUCCCAGCCUGGGCGCUGGGCCACGGGGAGGGCCUCGCGGGGCACAAGGGGGCCUCUGAAUGCUGGAUGGUUGCUUUUGAACUUGAAGUUCCUGUGUCUGUGAGCUGGAGGCGAGGAUGCUGAAGCUUGCCCCCUUCCUCUUCUGUCUGUCUGUCCCUCUUUCUCGGGCAGUGGCCUAUUGUCGAAAUAACAGUGAUCCUGUGGCCAACUGGUGCUUUGGCCUUUGUGCUGUCCUGGGCCGGCUUCCCUCAACCUGAGGACACCGAGGCCCAUGGAGGACUCAGCAAAGGGGGAGGCCUUCGCUGGCCUGGGCGUGAGGUAAAGGCCAGAAUCUGUCUUUGGCUUUCCUCUCUGCUCCUGGAAGUUUCUGCCUCACAUAGAAAGGGCAGAACACACUGACUGUACUUGAGCGUCUGGAAGAUUCCACCGGUCAGAGGAAAGGUGGCCAAGUGGCCUCUUGCUGUAUCCUCCCCACCCCUGCCCACUGGCCUGAGGAGUGGCUCUGCCCCUCAUGGUGGUGGUAGGGGGCUGUGGAGACAGACCCUCUCCCCUCCCCAUGGUGUUUGGGAACAGAACCCAUGGCCUAUUGAACGGCAACCAAAAAGAAUCAGAACAAACAUCCAUUUCCUGGGUGGUUACUAAUCCCGACUUACUGCAAAUACCAGGAGAGCAAGUUACAUUCAUCCCCUCUUAAAAAGCAGCAGCAGCACCUGCCCCAAAUCCUAUGAGUGUGAUUUAUUCCGCCACCACCUGAAAGGGCUCAGCGAGGACGCUUGAAUGCAAGGCCGACCUGACGUCCCAGCACGUGGGAAGCCAGGCGGCAGGUCCCACGUUUGACGUUUUCCCAACCGUUUCUCCCCCUCCGGAAGCAAGCAGAGAACGUGGAAGCAUGUCCGGGUUCAAAAGGAAAGCAUCCUUUUUGAACAUGGAGCUGACCUUCUUUUAUAUAAAACACGUGCUUUCUAAAGACAAACCCUUUCUUACUUUUUGAGACUUGGUAAUCAUCCUCGAGCAGUUGUCUGUGAUCCCGGUAGCUGUCGUACUUAGAAGUGACAAGCAAAUUCUUACCUCAGCCAUCUGUUCCCGGACCCCCCUGGGUGGACUCGGCCCCUAGGAGUUCAGAUCCAGGUCAUGGUCAUCGCCAUUCUCCUCUGCCCCACUGAGGGUAUCUCCACAUGUCCCGCCCCCAACGGACUGCGUGCCGGGGGCCCCUCUGCACUUGCUCGAAACCCCUCCCUCCCGUUGAGGUUGGCUUUGUGUGGUUUGUUCAAGCAUGUACAGCAGUGAAUGCUGGAGUGUCAGGGCUCGUGGCCCGCCCCUGCUGUGGGCCCACCCCGUCCCGCCCCCACCUGUCCACCCUCAACCUCUCCAUGCCAUGACACCAUCUCACUGGGCUAGAAGGAUGGGGGCGACAUCUGGGGACACAUCCCCCAGCCAGGCCCCGAGACUCUGCCUCUGUCACUUCCAAAAACAGGCAGCCUCAUCCUUUCUUCUGCGUCAGCCACCUUCCCACCUGCUGCCCCGGAAAUUUCUAUCAUUUCCUGGAGAAAGCUGUGUUCCAAUGAAUCCUACCUCUUGCCCAGUCCCAGGCAGAGAACGCGGGGCCCACUCUAGGGACCAAGAAAGUAGAAGGAAGUGACAAGGAGGGACAGAAGAGCAGGGAGCAGAACAACCUCAGACCCUCUGGUCUUCACAGCCUUUCUCCCCACCGCCGCCCCGGGCUCUGGUCCACCCCUCCCCUCGGGCAUCCCGGGCAUCUCGGAGGGGCCUCCCUGGGGAAGGGAGUGGAGCUAGCUCCCCCGCCCUUCACUCAGAGACUCUGUGCCCACGGCGGGAGGCGGUGGUCUGAGCCUCCUUCCUCACACUCCCCCCACCCCUACCCUCUCCAUCCAGCCCCUGUGUGUUUCACCAGUUAAGCACCUGUGAAUUCUGUACCUACUACUGGUUUUGGGUUGUUAGUUCUGUCUUUUUUUUAAUUAAAUAAAAACAUUUUUAAAAUG